CAGAAACUCUUAUUCUUGGAUCUUCAACAUUUUCCGUUUCCAUCCCCUGCAUCAAUCAACAUCGAUGGGAAUUUCCAAGUUUAAUGUGACGCUAGAUAAUGGUUUUGUAAAAGAGAGCGAAACGGAGAAUAAUUUGUCAUGUCAUGCUAAAGCAAUCCUGGAAAACCUUUUGUCGGUGACCAAAGGAGAUAUGGCUCAGGUAAUGCAGGCCCAGUCAUGAUGUUUAACCAAGUUUUUCUGUUCUACAGACUGCUAAGUUAUUGGACGCAAUAUUGAACGAAACCCAAACAAAAAUUAAGAAACUGACUGAGGAGGAGAAUAUUUCCGAUUCCGAAUUUUUCGAAAAGCUUUCACAGUUGAGGAAAAACCACAAAGAAACUUUGGAGAUUGUGGAACAUUUGUACUUUGGAUCGGAAACGCCCGUAGACAAGACAGAUAAGCAAAAAGAAGGAGUAACACAUAAUCCGGAAAAACUAAUAUCCAAUGAUCAGGAAGGGGUGUCAGAGGAUAAUGAGCCAUCCAGCUAUCCACCAUUGACCGUAGAAAACUUGUGGGAUGGUGCUGCGAAAAAUCCCAUAUCUGAGUUCCGAUUAUAUUCUCCAUUGAAAUAUUCAGACGAUAGUCGUCCAAAUGUCCGAAGCAUAUCUGUUGAGAAACCUGGCGAGUGUAUGAACAGAGGGGAUGCGCAAUUUCGCGAAUCUACAUCAUCCGAAUGGAGACAUCACGUUACAAUCCCUAAGCCGUUCAACAUGUCGAAAAGAGAGGAAUUAAAAAAGCCAGAGGCUUGUACAUCAUGCACCUCUUUCCGACUUCAAGACGAGAAACAGAAAGUUGAGUGUCCUUCCAGAGAAGGGGAAAGCGGUGGGGCUGGACGAUUCCGUGCACAACCCAUUCCGGCCCAUGUGUAUCUGCCGCGAUAUGAACAAAUUACGGAGGAGAAUGCCAGGCGGCGUGAAGCGGUUAAAGCGUACAGUCAGGAGAUACUGAAGCAGACAGAAAAGCCUUUCAGCUUUACACUGAGAGAAAAAUUCAGAAACGACCGUUCUGCAAGCGCAUCUGAGACUAUGAAAUUUGACAAGGAGGGAAAUCAGCUCCGGUGUCAGUCUGCUCGGAAACCUGAGCGCGAGGGAGGUCGGACUGCUGAGCCCAAGGGCCGUGGGCAUGUGCCCCAAGGACGUAGCAGUAAGGUUGAGGAUGACAAACUUUUGCGUGAAAUCAAGCGACACCUUCGAGCGGAACGCCUUCUUCAAUCUGCUGCCCUGCCCCCUGGCAUGGAAGAGCGUCAAAUUCGUUCCCAACUUCGAAGAGCUGAACGCAUGGCACGGGCGCAUGAGCGAGGAUUUCCCAUGAGUGAAGCUGACCAAAGGAAACCGUUCAAGGCAAGACCGGCUCCCGACUUCAAAAAAGUGCACUGGGAGAGUGAGAAGGCUCUGCGCAAAAUCUGGCAACCUCCACCAGAUCCGACUUGUCCAAAACCAUUUAAAUUGCGCACCACUGAACGGAGAUCAAGCUUCAGUGGAAGGCACACAACUCAGGACUUGGAGCGCGGUGUCUCUUCUAUACCAGAGGAUUCUUUCCAUGUGAAAAAAGAAGACCCAUGCAUUCGAAAACGCGCAUCUUCUGAGUCCCGAUAUCUGCAGCACGCAUUCGACAUGCCUCUACCAGCAAAAUCCCACGGCACGAUGCUACGAGAAAACCAUAUACGCCGAUCUAUUGAGAAAAUGAGGUUUCAAACGGAGAAAGAAAAGGAGGCCGAACUGGUUACUCGAACAAGGCAAAAGGAGAUAUCCAAGGCAAUUUCUGAGUCACUCGACGAUCGCGUUCUACAACCAACAAAGGUUAUAGAUGCAAUGACAGAGCAAAGAAAACAGACCCUCAUACAUCAGGAUGCUGACUACCAACGAGAACUAGAAGAAAUGAGAAAACGCGUGGCAUCGAAACCUCUGCUCAUCACAAGACAAUCACAGGAAGUGGCAAGAAAACGUGCGGAGGCCAAGUUCAACUCUGCUCUUAGACGCGCUGGCAUCGACCCACAGGAUAUAAACGAUACAUUUUGUGACAGACCUUCAUCUUUCGGCGUUUCUGCUCGCCAUCAGAAUUACGGGGAACUCUAUUGAAGAGAAAACCGAUCUCCAAAUCACGUCUACCGGUAAUGCUGAGGCCAGCUGCCACUUAUCAAUUGUGAUUCCAAAGCUGUUCUUGUACUGAUCAUCGCAAUGCCAGUGGCUAAAUCGCGUGGUGGUCACAGGGGUAAUUUAUGUGUGUCAUACGUACCAGUAAAACGGAUAAAAUCGACAUGGUUUAGACAACCGUGUGUAAAUUUCCCAACUACCCCUCUUUUCAUGCAUCAUGUGAAAAUAACAAGCAGGAGGCC